AUGGAGCGUUUACUGAAGAUAUCAUACUUCAUCCUCCUCCUAUGCAAAGGUGUGUUGGCUGGAAACGGGGAACCUCCAGUCCAAGGGACUACUCCAGCCUUGGACCCUACUACAGACACAUCAACAGUGACACCUAACAUUUCUACAACAACGCCAGUUGCCGAUGAGACGACAACCCUUCCUACAACAAUAUCACAAACAUCGGACCAAGCUACGUCAACUCCACCGGAUUCUACAACACCGACUUACACUAAUACAGGACCAUUAAUGCCACCUGAUCUUACUACUAGUAUGUCAUUAUCAUCGACGCAGCUGACUACAUCGGUUUGCGGCAGCGGGGCGUCUGAGGAAGCUCGUGAGGGCCUUUCAUCUGGAAGCCAGCAGUGCCGUUUAACCUUCACGUUCCACUUCGGUUCAGUGAAUGAUAGAAAUGUGACCGUCCACCACGCCUACACAGACCGGGAGGAUAUCCAAGAUGGCGCGGAAAUUGUAAAGCUCACCGACAACGCUGACGAGAACAACAUUGUCAGCAUCAUUAGCUCAGUGAUCAAGAUCGAACUCAUUGACGGCGACACGACCAUCAAUCUCUCCAAUGGUUCUGUGCAAAUAACCUUCAUGAUGCAGCCUACCAAAGGUUUCCCCCCAACGGACGGUUCCAGUGGGGUGCAUUGUGCUUACCAGGUGAACGGCAGCGUUUGGUCAACUGAUGGAGUCCAGGUCGUCUCUGUCGACUCUGAUUUGGUUGUGUGCAACAGCAGUCAUCUGACUAGCUUCGCUGUUCUGCUCUCUCUCAAGCCGCCUAAAGGAGUCAAUGCCCAAGUACAGAGUUACCUGUCUUACAUUCUUGGUGGCAUUUCUAUCGCCUCUUUGGUUCUUGCUGUAUUCAUCUACUGUGUGACUGGAGCCUGGAAGAUGCUGAAGAUUCAGAUUCACAUGAACCUGGCAAUAUGCACGGCCCUUGGACAGAUCCUUUUUCUCAGCUUGGCUGAGGCAACAGAAAAUAGGGUACUCUGUAAGGGCGUGACAGUGACACUACACUAUCUGUUCACAUCAGCUCUUGCAUGGACCAUGAUCGAGGGCGUGUUUCUGUACCGUACGACUGCCGUGGGCUGCAAGACACUUAGGAUUGGGUGGCUGAGUCUUAUCGCUUACGGAGGCUCCCUCGUGGUUGUCGGCGUGUCUUUUGGUGUUCUCUUUGACACGUAUGGAACAUCUGUAUUCUGCUGGUUACACGUUGAAGACGACAGUAUCUACAUAUUUGUAGGAUGUGUCUGCGCAACAGAACUGUUCAGUUUCACGGUGUUGUGUUUCGUCAUGAAAGCAUUCAGUUCCCUGAAGGCAAACAAGAAGAAAGAUGAAAUGGACAAGAUCAAGUAA